CGCCGAUUGACAGUUCUUCUGCUGUGUUUUGCCCGCCAACAGAGUGUCGACCAAAUCCAUCGUCGCCGGGGAAGAUUAUCUCCCUCGCGACGCCCGACCACGGAUUUUUCCUGGCGCCGGACUUGAAGGGUCGUCCCUUUCCCCGAAUGCCGAAGAUCUGUUUCCCUCCUCGUAUGCGAAUGGACGCAUUCAAAGUUCACAAGAUCGGCGAAAUCCUCGUUGACCGAUGGAACUUUCCUCAUCCGGAAAUUAGCCUCGGCUGUCGCAAAAAUUUAAUCGUGACUUCUACCAGAGGAAUCGCGGCACUCGGCGUCUGAAGCGUUCGAGAUGCGAGCGGGUCCCUCGUCGGUGAACCGAAAUCUCAUUGUCGUGGAGCAAACACGGGAAAGGGGAAGCGGAUCUCGAAAGAGAGAAACGCACGUGGAGGAGGAGGAAGAAGAAGAAGGAGGAAGCAGAGAAAGAGGAGGGGAAAGAAGAAACGGCAGGUCGCACAGGGAGGUCAAGCGGAAGAGGAAGACGGCUGUUCGUGGGUGGAAGAGAGAGGAGCCGCGACUUUGGGUAGAUCAAUCGGCGCGCGGGGAGGAAGUUGCUGGACCACGAGCGGCGUGCGUGCCGGAAAAAGUGCAAUGUCCUCUUUCGGACGCGCGAUACCAGUCGCGUCGCGCGGGAAUUAAGAGAGAAUCUCGACGAUCACGCGGGAUUUGUCUCGCCGGUACCAGAAUGCUGCGAGCAGAACGGGAGGGAGAAAGAGAAUGAAAAUUUUACCAUACAUAUGCACUGGGAUAUGAAUUCCUGGGGAAAGAAAGACGGAGAAGGUAGAGGAAGAAGGGUGAUGAAAAAAGAAAGAGAUAUUAUUGUAUAUAAUUCCGCACACUGCGAGUUGAAAUCUCUCGAAAGAGAAAGAGAGAGAGAGAGAGAGGGAGAGAGGCGGAGAAUAGGGAAGAAAAGGUACAAAGAGGAAGAGGGGGAGAAAAGGAGAGUGAAACUCGCGUUUUUGCAGUUGCCCGCACGCGUCGCGAGCACGUGGAUGCGUUUAACAAAGCGUCGCGCACGCUAAUUGAUCGGGCACCCGUGAGUGAGGAGGUUCACUUCGCAGAUCCACCGUGCCCGUUUGAUCUCGACUUGGUCCCGCGUUUCUCCCCGGUGCUUCCCGGCUCGGUGAGAGAUGAUGGCAAAUGCCGAAAUGCUUCGAAUUCGUCGUCUGAUAAAACUUCAUUCUUCUACUCGCGAAAUACUCAGUUUCAUCAUCGGGAUGCAAUUUCAUAUUCGGCAAUUUUGUGUUCACUCGCGUUAUCGCGCGUAAAUCUCGAUGAACGCGCGCCUUAGACGCACGAGCGAUCAAAUGAUCACGAUGAUAAUUCGGUGGCGCAUACUGCGUUCGAUGCCUGUGUUCGUCCUACUUUUUGCUCCGAGCACUGCCAUAUAAGUACUCACUGCCCGCCGGCGCGUAUUACUUUAUGUCGCAUGAUAUAAGUCGCAACGCUGUCCUCCGAUAUGUCGUUCACCGUAGACUGCUUGAAUUACGCGCUUCUUCUCAUCUGCACGCGUGUAUUCCAUCUAGCUCUUGGAAUCAGCGCUCAGUAUUACAAGACUCAAUUGGACGCGCAUUUGAAGCUUCACGGGGAGAAAUGGGCAAGCGAGGACGUGCGAAAGUGUAAAUUAUGUAACAAACAAUUCGUGCAACCGGCGCUCUAUCGACUACACAUCCGCGGACAUUACAGGCAACAGACAAAGAUAGUGAAGCAAACCAAGAGAGGGGCGAAGCACAAAACGAUGUACAAGUGCACCAUAUGCUUGAAAUCCUUUCAAAAGCCGAGUCAGCUGAUGCGUCAUAUCAGAGUGCACACCGGGGAGAAGCCCUUCAAGUGUAACGUUUGCAGCAGAGCGUUCACGCAAAAGAGCUCGCUGCAGAUCCACGCGUGGCAACACAAAGGCAUUCGUCCGCACUCCUGCAGUCUCUGCAACGCUAAGUUUAGUCAAAAAGGAAAUCUAAAGGCGCAUGUACUCCGAGUGCACAACGUGCCGGAAGGUGAGCCCACGUACGCGUGCUCUUAUUGUUCGUGCGUUUUCAAGAAACUCGGCAGCCUGAACGGGCACAUAAAGCGAAUGCAUUCUGAUUCCACGGAGGAACCCGAGUCUUCGAAUAUCUCGUCCGAAGCUGACAUGCGUGCGACGGUGGACAGCGUAAUCUCGCAAUUGGCGUCUCUGGAAUCCGCCGUGAAUAACACCGCUGUUUCCACGGGAACGUUAAACGCGGGGCAAAGCGAUAUCCUGCAGCAGGCCUUGAAGAACAGCGGCCUGCCGAACAAAAAUGAAGUCACCUCGAAAGAAAGCACGGAGCCGAAGAAAAUGGACUCCCGUACGACGUACGUCACAUUACUAGACAAAGCCGCCGGCGGUACUAUGAGGAAGUAUCUUACCAUAAAGCAACACUGCGUAGGGAACGUGCGGUGGUACGCGUGCUCGUUCUGCCCGAAGGAAUUCAAAAAGCCAUCGGAUCUGAUACGUCAUCUGCGCGUUCACACGCAGGAAAAGCCCUUCAAGUGCAUGUACUGCGUUCGUUCCUUUGCACUCAAGUCGACGAUGAUAGCGCACGAGAGGACGCAUACCGGAGUGAAGAAGUACGCCUGCAGCUCCUGCGACAAGACGUUCGCGUGCCACAGCAGUCUCACCGCUCACACCAGACUGCACACGAAACCGCACAAGUGCGGCAUAUGCGACAAGUCGUUCAGCGCGAGCACCAUUUUGAAGACUCACAUGAAGAGUCACACGCGAGAGAAGCCGUCCAAAAUAUCGUCCGAGGCGGAGAGCCUCGUGCCGGAGGUGGUCCUGCAGGAGCCGCUCGUCAUCAGCGACGCCGGGAACAAGAUAAGCGUGAUGCAGGUGCAGUCGAAGCAGAAGCAGGUGUACGAUGGCAACAGUGUGGCGCGGCCGCACAAGUGCUGGGUGUGCCAGGCGGCAUUCAGGAAGAUCAGCCAUUUGAAGCAGCAUUAUCGCAGGCACACGGGCGAACGACCGUACAAAUGCCUCAAGUGCGACAGUUAUUCGCUUUCCAGAAGGUUCACGUCCAACAGCGUCCUCAAAUCUCACUUGCAUACGCACGAUGACUUGAGGCCGUACAGUUGCUCGGUGUGCAACACGAAAUUUUCCACGCAGAGCAGCAUGAAGAGACACUUGGUCACGCAUAGCAAUAAAAGGCCGUUUAUGUGUCCGUACUGCCACAAAACGUUUAAGACGUACGUCAAUUGUCGGAAGCACAUGAAAAUACAUAAGCACGAGCUGGCGCAACGGCAAUUGGAGGAACAAAAGACGCAAGAACAGAACGCACCUUUGAACACGGAGAAAAGCAGCAUUCCAGCAUUACCUGAAAGUAUCACUCUCACCGAGGACAUGGAGGUGUCGUUUCAGCCGCAAAUGGCGCCAGAUUUCACGCAGGCCUUCUCCGAUCAGUUUCAGAACAUCGGCUCGGAGAAGGAGAAGUCGUUCUUGCUGACGGACAGCGCGACGCCGUCUAUCGCAAAUCAAAAUCUGUCGGUCGACGCGACUAAUUUAGGAUCGUCGCAAACUCUGCAUGCCGACGAAACUGGCACUAUUACGUUACCUCAUUACUCAGGGGAUCAAACGCUCACGCCGGAAAGUAUACGAGAGAUCGAAGAGACUCUGAACCAGCAACUGUUCAAUAUCGGCGUGAACCUCGGUCUGACGAACAAUCUGCCGAGGCAGAUGGACGAGGCGAACGCGAAUUCUCUCGACAGUUCGAGGGAGCAGCCGGUACUUAAUAUAAUAUACGAGCACAACAAGGGCUUGGAAUCAUCUGGCAAUGCGAUAUUCACGUCGCAAUUCGACUCGUUCGACAUGAGCCAAAUUGCAUUACAGACGGACAACGAUAUAGACAUCGGUCUGAGCGUGAGCAACUCCACGAGUAUGUCCAAUAUUUUGCCACGAUCCGUGGAUGGAAACGACGGACAGCAAGCGGAGGAGCAACGAACCACGCCAAUCACCACUGCCAGCGACAUGGACGCGUCUCUUAUUACUAGGAAUACUCAUCUGAUGAUCAUCAAUCCUAAGGAAAACUGCUCAGAAUUGGUGAAGCUGUCGCAAGUAGGCCCGAGAUACUCGAAAAUCAUCGCGAAAGCGGACACCACGAACGGGUCGGAGGUGCAGGGCGUGAACGGGCUUGCGAAAACGUCACAAGAAAAUAAUGCUUUAUCGUGCGAUAGCGAGAGGAGCAUUCUAUCAUUCGCGAAAAGUUUUCAAGGUACAAUACAGACGGACUCGUUUAUUUCUUCCGGUAUGGACACGACGAUAUCGGAAUGCGCUAACCUGUUGCAGUGUCACAUGUGCGGCAAUCAAGGUUUCACAACCGAAGGGUUAAAGGAACACCUGAAGUCUCAUCGCGGCGAGAAGGAAUAUCAGUGCUCGGUGUGCCUUCAGCGGUUCUGCACGAACAGUGGUCUCAGCAGGCACAUGAGGACGCACGUGAAUAAACUGUGGAAAUGCACGACGUGUCACAAGGUCUUGGACAGCAAACAGCAAUUGAAGUUACAUAAUAAGAUACACACUGACACGUGGAACGUCUCGUCCAUGGAGCCGGACAGUUCCCAGAAGGAGCCGAUCUCUUCGAAUACCGCUCUUCCCUCGAUAACGACGCUCGAUGUCCGAAUCGAUGCGGACUCGUCCGUAUCCGAGAAAGUCUUGCUCGACACGGUUGCCGAGAAGAAAAUCAUGGAAUGCAUAGAUGAGAACAUGGAGAAAAAAGAAAAGCGAGAGUACACGAAUAAAUGCAAGUACUGCCCGAAGACUUUCCGUAAACCAAGUGACCUGAUCAGACAUAUUCGCACGCAUACGGGUGAACGGCCGUUCAAGUGCGACCACUGCAGUAAGAGCUUCGCGGUCAAGUGCACGUUGGACUCGCAUAUGAAGGUCCAUACGGGCAAGAAGACGUUCCGUUGUCACGUCUGCAGCAGUUUGUUCGCUACGAAGGGCAGCUUAAAGGUCCACAUGAGACUGCAUACCGGCUCGAAACCGUUCAAGUGUCCCAUGUGCGAUUUGCGCUUCCGCACGUCGGGCCACAAGAAGGUGCACAUGCUGAAGCACGUGCGUGAGCACAAAGGUGGCGCGAAACGUAAACCGAAACACCUGAAGGUCGCUGCGGUGGCGGAGGCGGCGGCUAGCCUGGAGAACGUGGACAAUUCUCUGGAACAUACAACGACGACGACGAUGACGACCACCGUGAUAAGCGACGACGAAACGGCGGCGGUUGUGCAGCAGAGCCACAUGGGCUACCCCGCGUUGGACACGUCGGUGAGCCUCGACGGCGCGGUGCUGCCGAGUCAAAUCACGUUCAAUAAUUCGACGGACCCGACGACGAUACUCAACAACAACGCAAUGCUGUCCGUGAACGAGAGCAACGAACUGGUGGCGAAUCUGCAAUUUCUGCUGGCGAACGGCCUCGUCACCAUUCAAACGGACGACUCGCUGCUGACGACGCAGCCGGCAGGUGACUCCGUGCCGGCGAACGUGAUCGAGCUGGUCAAUUCUUUCCCGGAAACCUGCGACCUGAACAAUCACGUGGUGAUAACCAGCCCGACGAGCUCCGACGCAGUCGUCCGGAUGAACGACUGCGUGCAAGCAGACGGCGGCAUGUCCAAGCCGGCCGGUGAUCCCGCGAAAUCGGCGGCCCAGUCGCGUAAGGAAUGCGACGUCUGCGGCAAGACGUUCACCAAGCCGUGCCAAGUGGAGCGGCACAAGCGGAUACACACCGGCGAACGGCCGUACAAAUGCGAGCUCUGCGGCAAGUCGUUCGCCCAAAAGUUCUCGCUGCAGCUGCACCAAAAGCACCACACCGGCGACCGGCCGUACCGCUGCCCGCACUGCACGCACUCGUUCACGCAGAAGUGUAACCUGCAGACGCACCUGAAGCGCGUCCACCAGCUCGUGAUACUCGACAUCAAGAAGCUGAGGAGCGGCCAGCAGGUGUUGGGCGCCCUCCUACAGGAUAAUCAGGGUGACGCGAAGCUAGUGAGUUUAGACGACAUACUGGUGGUCGACCUUGUCAAGUGAAUGCUAACGAGAGAGAAAGAGAGAGAGAGAGAGAGAGGUGUUCUUCUCGAAGAAGAAAGCAGCUUCCCGUAGUGGGGCUGUGAUAAUAAUCUAGGCCGGUAUUCGUUGGCGGAUUUUUAGAUCGUCUCAAGUUUACCUUCGAAUGCUGUAAGAACCGCCGAUUGAGAUUUUCCGCUGAACGACGCUUCUCUAACGUGUUUGCCAUUUUUUUUCAGUCAGCAUACUUUUCAUACGUUCGGUAAACGUGGCGAAGAAGUUUAGAAUUGAUCGGUCGCAUUGAUUGACCAAUUCUGAGCUGAGCCGAUCGUAAGUUAGUGAAGAAUACCGUUUCUACCAUCAUGGUUCAAAUCUGAUGACGGUUAACUCGAUGGAAUUGUCUUAUUGCAUUAAUCAAUUCAGCUAAAUUAAUUAACCAAUACUAUCGAUCGAUCGGUAGAAACGAGUAUAAGCUGCUUUCUCGGUUGAGCACGAGACCGCACUGUUGCUCAUAAGACGGUAUCCGAGA